ACGGCUAUUUUCUUUCGAUUUUGACCCAUCCAUAAAUCAACUGUGCAGUUCUAUCAAUCAUACUGGAUUUCAAUUUCUGAUUUCCCUCUUUAUCAGCAUAAACAAGCCCUAUCUGCAAGCAUACAUAGAAACCCUAGUAAAUUUAGCGCUCAUCUUUAGGAACACAUUAGAUUGCAGAAAAAAAAAGAGAGAGUAUUUUUGUUGGUGAGUUUGCACUUGAAAAUAUGUCAAUUGGACUUGAGGGUUUUAGUUAUACUCUAACACUGGGAAGGAAGAGGGUGGUAGUUUCCAACAAUGUGGAAGCUUCUCCUCAAGUGACUAAUCCAUUGAAGAGAAUGUGCAGUAGUGACAGAAUCUCUCUCAACUCUGAAGCAUCUCCCCUUGAAGCCCUUCCUCAGGAUAUUCUGGUUCAGGUGUUGUCUGGUGUGGACCAUGAAGAUUUGAGGCAACUUUUUCAUGUAUCAAAAACGAUCAGAGAAGCGAGUCUGAUAGCAAAAGAAUUACAUUUUGAGUACAGAACACCAAAGAAGAAAACUUUUUAUUUUCUUACUCCAUUAGAUUUGGAGGAUGCAAAUGGAUUUCAGGAAAAAGAAGCUCCAAACGCACCUUUGAUAAAGAAGCCAAAGUCAAGAUUUAACAGGAAGAAGCUGGAGGACAUUGCAGUGACCUUGUUUCCUUUCAUGGAUGAAGAACAAUAGUGAACAACUAAGGAUUGUGAAUAGAUUAUACCGUAGAGAGAUUAGAGAUCUACUUAAAAAGAUGUCAUUGGCCUAUUUCACACUUUAUUCUUCACAAGCCAUUUCUUCAAUUCUUUCAUUGAAGAUUCUUUUGGUUUAUAUUAUUUUUCUGUACAUCUACUAUAGAUAGGCAAAUAGAAUAGAUAUUUCAAGGAUUUUCUUUGGAGGACAAUCUUUGGCAUUUAUAUUAUGAUAGAUUAUUAAAUUUGAGAACAGACACUUAAUCUCAUCUUAAUAAAAUGAGGAAAGAUUCAAUUCUUUUUCCUGAA